AUGGAAAGUUCACCGUGCUGUGAAAAGGUAGGGUUGAAGAAAGGGCCAUGGACACCUGAGGAAGACAAGCAGUUGUUGGCUUACAUUGAGCAGUACGGCCAUGGAAGCUGGCAAGCUUUGCCUGAAAAAGCUGGGCUGCAAAGAUGUGGGAAGAGCUGCAGACUAAGAUGGACUAACUACUUGAGACCUGACAUUAAAAGAGGAAACUUUAGUCUGCAGGAAGAACAAUCCGUCAUUCAGCUCCAUGCUUUUCUUGGAAAUAGAUGGUCAGCCAUUGCUUCUCACCUGCCAAAGAGAACAGAUAAUGAGAUAAAGAACUAUUGGAAUACUCAUUUGAAGAAGAAACUAAGUAAGAUGGGCAUUGAUCCAAUGACGCAUAGGCCAAAGAUAAACUCCUCCUUCGGCUCAGCCGCCAAUCUCAACCACAUGGCUCAGUGGGAAACCGCCCGGCUCGAAGCCGAAGCUCGCCACUCAAAGACUUCCAAACUAUUGUACAUUGAAUCAUCUCAACCCGUUACUCAUACUGAUUUGACCAUUCAAAUUCCCCAACUCUGUAGUGACAACUAUAAGAUUUGGAAAGAAAGGAUUCUCUUGAAUUUAGGGUGGAAAGAGUUGGACUAUGCUGUCAAUAACAAUAAACCACAAAUCCCUACAAAUUCAAGUACACCUGAUGAAAUUGCACUAUAUGAGCGAUGGGAGAGAUCCAAUCGGCUCAGUGUAAUUUUGAUCAAGUCUAAUGUUUCGGAUUCAGUUCGUGGUAUUGUUGACGCAUAUACAGAUGUCAAGCCCUUGCUUGAGGCCCUUGACGCUCAAUAUGCCAGCUCAGUGAAGUCUUUAACUAGCACCCUUAUUAUGAAAUUUUCUUCCCUUCGUUUAAAACACUGUUAA